AGAAGAACUUGUUCUUAUGUUUAAGUUUGAGGAACUCACGAAAUAUGUAUCCUUCCGCCAAACCGUAAACGAAAUAAACGAAAUUCCUUCGGAUGAUGUUACCGUCUUAGCUUAGAUCAGCAAAAUGAUGUUCACCUCUGUGAGUCUUAGUGUGCCUGCAUUACUGGUGCUAUUGUUUAACUGUUGUAAAGGCCAGGAGCUCCUGCAGUCUCUUAAGGGAACAAUUGGUGCCGAAAAUUACACAUACUACCGUCUUUCUCGGGUUGGAAGAUUGCGUGUGGAGCUUGUCAGUCUGUCAGGAGAUGCAGACUUGUAUGUAUCGGAUACAACUUUAAAUCCAGCAUAUGAUAAGUAUACAGCCCAGUCUAUUACAUGCGGAAAAGAUGUUAUUGAAGUCCCAGCCAGUUACAACAGGCCUGUAGGUAUAGCAGUGUAUGGAUACCCUGGCCAUGAAAUUUCAGAAUAUUUAAUCUCUAUAUAUCAGCUACCAAAAAAUGAGGAAAUGGACUAUGAACAGUUGAAACAUAUGUUCCAUGAUUAUGAGGCUGCAGACUAUUUGUUCAAGAAUUACGAGGCUUCUCACUAUAUGUACAGGGACGUAAAACCAAAUGUCAAUCCACAGGGGAAAAGUUCAAGCAGUGGCCAAGAUGCCUUAGAUGAAGACGAGGCAGAGUCCUUUGGUUCGGUUCUCUGGGAGAUUCUAUUAACAUUGCUCAAAGUUGUUUUUGAAGUAAUUUUGUGAUAUUUCCUGUCAUUUGCUAUUUGUGCCUGUCUUUGUAACAUAAAACUUGUAAUACAUUAAUUAUUUAUUGAAGGAAUAUACUUUUUGUAUUUUAAGUAAUUUGCAUUGUUUUCAAAGGCAAUGUUUUUUAUUGCCAGUAAGAAUUUGAAUACAUACUUUUGGAAAAUAAUAAAUUUAUUCCAUCAUAUUAAAGAAUUGAAUUCUUGCCAUCUUUUUAAGGUCCAAAGGUAUUUUCCAGUAACUGAUGCUAUGGCAUGUGAGAUGUUAUCUCAAACUGACUUCCUGUCAGAUUUCAAGGAUAUUUAUGAAACCAACUUUUAUAGUAAGAACAUGUUUAUUCUGCAAUGUUGCAUAUAUUACAUAGUUUCAGUUUAUGUGAAAAUAUUAUUAAUCUUACUGGUACUCUAUUUUUUACAAGUCUACUAUAUAGCUGCCUAAUUUGUAAUCAUGUUAUCAUAUUAAUUUUACUUUGUAUUACAAUUAAAUAAAAACUUUGUUAGCCUGACCACUAGAUAUAUUUUGAAAUGAAACUUUUUUACUCUAGAUAAAUUUCAAAUAUUUUAUAAGUAAAAUGCUAAGCCUCUUGAAAAAGCUUCUUUUUUUCUGAUGGCCGAACUAUGUAACGCAGUAAAAAUAUCUGUAUGAAACAUACCUGCUGGAGUUAUUUCCGCUGUUAAUCAUGAAAAGAAAAACUAUUAAAUAGGGGACAUACAGCAGAACAUAGGGACUAGGGCCAGUGUAAGGUCCCAUACACUUUUUUGUACAAAAAACCUUAAUUUAAGGAAAUAUUUUCGAUAAUGUACAGAAAUGUAUGCAAAGAAAAAAAAAAACAAGGACAAAAUUAACAUCAGACUGUGUAACUUUUGUUUUCAGUUAUGCUGUUUCAGGGCAAUGGCCUAUUUAAAAAAAAUAUUAGCCAUUUUUAUAUGCCCGUCUCUGAAAGAGCGGGGCGUAUUAUGUGAACACCCGUGGCGGGCGGGCAGUCGGCGUCCAAAAGCAUGUCUGCUCUCUAAGUCAAAUAGUUUUCAUCCGAUCUUCACCAAACUUGGUGACAAUGUUUGUGGGCAUAAUAUCUCAGCCAAGUUCGAUAAGCAGCAAAAUCGCUCUUGGCUCUCUUGAGUUAUUGCCCUUGAAUUACUCAAAAUCUGCAAUUUUAGCCUUGUCCGCCCUUUAAGUCCCAACAUUUUUCAUCUGAUCUUCACCAGACUUGGUGACAAUGUUUAUGGGCAUAAUAUCUCUGCCAAGUUUGAUAACCAGCUAAACCACCCCAGGCACUCUUGGAUUAUGGCCCUUAAAUUACUUGAAAAAUUGCGAAUUUAACCUUAUCCGCUCUCUAAGUCCAACACUUUUCAUCCGAUCUUCCACAAACUUGCAGAUAAUGUUUGUCAGCAUAAUAUCUCAGCCAAGUUCCAUAACCAGCCAAAUUGCCCCAGGCACUCGUGGAUAUGGCCCUUGAAUUACUCGAAAUCUGUGAAUUAGCCUUGUCCGCUCUCUAAGUCGAACAGUUUUCAUCCGAUCUUCAUUAAACUUGCUGACAAUGUUUGUGGGCAAAAUAUCUCAGCAAAGUUCGAUAAUCAGCCAAAUCGCCCCAGGCACUCUUGAAUUAUGGCCCUUGAAUUAGGCCAAAUUCGAUGACGGUCGUAUUUUGUGACAGUCUGCCACUCUUGUUGGGAUUUCGGCUCCAUGGUUAUAUCUACAGGGAUGUUCAUCUAUCACUUUACAGGCUAUGUAUUUAGGUAGUAACCUUGAAAAUGCUCAAAUUUUACCUCCUAGAAUUGAAGGAACAAAUCUUACAAAUUGAUAUGAGAUCUGGAUCUGCAUGUUGAUGUUAGCCAAAUUCACUUUCAGCUAGUACUUAUGAUUUAUCACACAUCUGAUGUCAUGGUAGUAAAAUAAAGCCAAUACUGUAAAAGCAUAUAUUUUCGCUAGAUCAAAAUUUAGGGAAUUUGAAAUUUUGAGUAUGUUCGCGUGGUUUAAUAUCCACGAAAUUGUAGAAAUUUUAUCCUGCUUGAAUUUGACUUGUACUUAUGGUGAAUUUAUAUGCGAGGAUUAAUUUUCGCGAGAUGUAGGGCUUCGCUAAUAUAGCGAAAAUUAAACCCUCGAGGGAAAAUUUCUGCUUUUACAGUAUAUAGUUUUGGUAUUACACUAGUGCUGUAAAGGAGAAGUUGGUUGAAUGACUUUGUAUAUAAUAAUGUAAGGAAGAAGAAACUUUGAUGUUUAUGCAGGAAAGUCUAAAAUGUGAUCAAAGGAAUGUUACGUUUCUGUCUUUCGAAAUUGAUUUUAUUAAACUCCUUGAAUGAAAUAAUUAAAUGCUCGGCAGUGCCAAAAAGAAGCAAUUUUCUUAAAUUUGAAAAGAUUAAAUCUAUUUCAAUAGUGGUCCUAUUUAAAAUAAUCCUUGGUUUGAUGACGAUUUGCAUAUAAAAUCAACUUAUCAUUAGACUUUCCUGCACAUUUAAUUGACAUGAUGACGAAAUCCUAUAAAAAAUUGCCCUAGUAUAUAUAUAUGUUAGGAGUGAUGUUUGAUGUUACAGGUGAUGAUUGAUGUUGAUGAUUGAUGUUGGUAUUGAUGUUGGUUGGGAUGAUUGAUGCUAGUGGUAAUGAUCGAUGUUGGUGGGGAUGAUUGAUGUUAGUGGUAAUGAUCAAUGUUGGUGAUGAUGUUGAUGGGGAUGAUUGAUGCUGGUGGUAAUGAUCGAUGUUGGUGGGGAUGAUUGAUGUUAGUGGUAAUGAUCAAUGUUGGUGAUGAUGUUGAUGGGGAUGAUUGAUGCUAGUGGUAAUGAUCGAUGUUGGUGGGGAUGAUUGAUGUUAGUGGUAAUGAUCAAUGUUGGUGAUGAUGUUGAUGGGGAUGAUUGAUGCUAGUGGUAAUGAUCGAUGUUGGUGAUGAUGAUUGAUGUUGGUAGGGAUGAUUGAUGCUAGUGGUAAUGAUCGAUGUUAGCAGUGGUGAUUAAUGUACUUGUAAUUCAGACUGAAGCAUGUUUUAAUCCUAGAUGCUUUAUAUGAUAUGUCCUUAUGUUAUAUCAGCCCAAAUAAAUAAAAUAAAUAAAUUAUGUUAUAUCACCUGA